CAGCAUGCAGCACUAAAGCUAACACUCACAGGCUCCUUCUCCUAGUCCGAAUGUACUACUGUACAUAGAGAGUUGCGUUAAAUAGAGAGCAAGUUUCUCAGACGCUAAUCUCACACCCUGACAGGUCGGGUCCAGUUUGAGGUGGAAUCGAGGUCAAGGUAGAAGUGUGUAUUUGGAUUUAAAGACAUUUCUUUGUGUAUUUAUGGAACUUCUCUCUGAGUGGAAAAAAAAGAAAUGUCCCAAAUCCACAAAGUACAGAUUUUCUCACCAAAAAUAUUGCCUCAUCGUGGUGGAGGCACACCAUUCCAGUGUGCUAGUCUUUGCUCUCGCGCUUUUGUGUUUGACAAUCCUGCUCGUUCUCAGUUUGCUUACUUUGCCGACCCCAGAGCAAGACAGGCCCACUCUGGGAUCCGAAACAAGGAGCGUUACUCUUCUCAUCUGGUGGCUUCCUUUUGGAAAUGGACGUUCUCUCCCCGACUGCAAAGUGAGCUAUGGCGUGCCAGGUUGCAACGUGACGACAGACAGGCGCGUAUAUGCUCACGCUGAUGCCGUCAUCAUACACCACCGUGACUUCUUGAUGCACUGGGAGGAGCUGCUGGAGAAGCCACGCCCCCCGCUGCAGAAGUGGAUCUGGAUGAACUUCGAGUCGCCGUCGCACUCUGGGUCUCUGCACCAGAUUGAUGGGAUUUUUAAUCUCACCAUGUCAUACCAUGCGGGUUCUGAUAUUUUUCUACCGUACGGUUACCUUGAGCCACACCAUUCCUAUGGUAACAGACAGAUCCGCAUGAAGCGUAAGCGUCGUUUAGUAGCAUGGGUGAUCAGUAACUGGAGAGAGGAGCAGGAAAGAGUGCAGUUCUACUACCGAUUUCGCCGUUACCUGCACGUGGACAUUUACGGACGUGGAUUUCUUCCGCUAGUAAACAACAGCGUGGUGAAAACUGUCUCAGGUUACAAGUUCUACCUCGCAUUUGAAAACUCAUGUCACACAGACUACAUUACAGAGAAACUCUGGUGCAAUGCUCUGGUCUCCGGUGCCGUUCCAGUGGUGCUCGGGCCAUCCCGAGAGAACUACGAGCGCUUUCUUCCUGCUGAUGCCUUCAUCCACGUGGAGGAUUUUAAAAACCCGCGUUCACUUGCUUCCUACCUCAAACGCCUGGACCGUAAUCCUGCCCUCUAUCGCCAUUACCAUGCCUGGAGGCGGAACUACAACGUGCAUGUGACCUCGUUCUGGGCGGAGCACUUCUGUGCUGCCUGUCAGGUUGUGCAAGACAACCUCCUCGUGCACAAAACCGCCAGAGACCUCGCAUCGUGGUUUCUGUCCUAAGAGGCGAAGUCUGAGUCCGAGUCUUAGUCUAACGCCAAAGCCCCGGGGUUGAUAAGUUAUCAAAACAUUUUUGCCAAGUUUCUAUUUCUUUAUUAGUCUUCUUUGAGUAAUAUGUAUGGGGAAAUGUGUUUGAUGUCCAAAUCAGUUUGUACUGGAGAUACUGCUGUAAUCCUGUUAACGACAUAGGGCUCUGAGUAGACGGGAAAUAUUAUUCAUGGACCCAGAACAGGCUAUGAGUUUACACCUUGUUUUGUUUCAGUUCUUCCAAAUCAGCGUCUUGUACGACUUUGCUGUCUGGCAUUUGAUGUAAUUAGUUGUUUUUCUGUUUUGUUUUUUUGUGUAUAAAUCUCCCGUUUAUCUUUCACAAUUUGCAUGCAGAAAAAAAGCCUUUCAUUUCCUGAAAGCAUCAAUUCUGCUCAAGUUGUGAUGAUAAUGAAUUUGGAUAAGAUGACAGAGUUUGGAGCAGGAGGCCGUAACCGGCUACAGCGUGGAAAUGAGAUUCAGAUGAAGCUGUGAUGGAUUUCACAAUGUGCCCAUUUAGUAUUUAAACCAGGUGUAGGGACACAGUCUGGGUGGAGAUGAAACUCACACACUGGGCCUCAUUUAUUACAGUUGUGUGUAAGUAACUCAAUUAAAA